AUGGGCAGCAAAACGAAAGCGACACCAAAACGGAGCGGGGGCGCGGGCCUGUCGUGGCGGUCGAUCGCGCUGGUGGCUCUGAUUGGUGCAACGCUGGCGACGCUGGCGAUGCGGCCCGCCCUCCGGUCGUUUGUGGUCGGCCAUGUCUCCGUCCUCGUUUCCGGGAGCCAAGGGAGCGCGGAUGCCCUCGACCCCGACAUGUAUGACUAUGAGGGCCACAUGGCGGACAGGAAGAUAUUCGAGGUGGUGGCCUUGCCGGGGAAGGGGAAAGGUGCCAUUGCCGUCCGGGACAUCAAGCGCGGUGAGCUGGUCCUCCGCGAAAAGCCGCUGCUCGUCGCACCGGACGAGGAAACCCCGCGUGCAUGGGUGAACGAGCUCUUUUUUAACUGGACCUACUCCCCCUCCAAGCGGGACACCUUCUUCAAUCUGACCCACAGCCAUCUCUGGCUCGACGACGACCCCGAGACAGGCUUGCCGCCUAAAGUAAACAUCGACCCGCCCACCCAGACGCCGGAUGAGCGCUUCUGGCUCACGGAGGCAAUCCUGACCACCAAUGUCGCCGCUAUUACGCUCAACGAUGCGCCGCUCCGUGGACUGUUUCCGCGCUUCUCGCGCGUAAAUCAUGUUUGUCCCGGGGCCAACAACGUCAAUUACGAGUGGCGCGAAGAGGAGGGCGAAAUGCGUAUAUAUGCGGUCCGGGAUAUCAAGAAGGGCACUGAGUUGGGACACUCCUAUAUUGGUCAGGUGGGCCCGCGAGCGGCACGGAUAAAACACCUCGAGGAAACUUAUGGCUUUACCUGCAACUGCAAGUUCUGCACCCUCGACGCGGAGGCAACGGAGCAGCGGGACGCGUGGGCGGCGGAGUGGAAGGCGCUGGAAACCGACUUCGAUGCGCGGUCGGGGAAUGGCACGCUUCCGGGAAAAGAAGCCAUCCGCAUCGUUCGUGAUUUAUGGGAACUGUCCCUCAAGCUGGAUUACACCACUGACCGAGCGCGCUUCUCGGAGGAGGCCGGCCUGGUGGCGAUUGCACAUGGAGACAAAAAAGCCGCGGUACAGUGGCUGAAACUUGCGCACAAGUACUUCACUAUCGAAGUUGGCGUGGACUCCGUGGACGCGGAGCGUGUGGAGGAGCUGCUUGAUAACCCGACCAAGGCGGACGACUGGGCGUCCAAAGAGCGGCUUACGCUGGACGGGCCCGACAAGGCGUGGUUCGAUACGUAG